AUGAAUAUCAUCAUCGCGGGGGCAACUGGGUUUGUCGGAGGCGAGAUAGUGCGCCAAGCUAUCGUUAACGACAAGAUCAAUCAUGCAUACAUCCUUACCCGCAAGCCGAUACCGGAGGAGCUUGCUCGAAGCCAAAAGGUGACAAUCAUCCAGCAUGACGAUUUCUCACAUUAUCCUUCGGAGCUUCUAUCAAGACUUCAAGAAGCCGAGGGCUGCCUAUGGGCUUUAGGUGGUCGUGCGUCGCAGUUCCCGGACGUUGACACGGCGAGGAAAGUGUCUGUUCAAUAUACUCUUGCCGCUGCAGAAGCUUUCUCAAGUAUCCCAAAGGGCAAAAAAUUUAAAUUUGUCUUUCUCAGUGGCAGAUUUGCUGAAUGGGACACAAACAAAAGACUGUUUUUUAUGGCAGACACAAGACGCAUAAAGGGGGAGGUUGAAAAGGGCCUUUGUGAGCUGGCUGAUACGAAUCCUGGAAAAUUGGAAGUCUGGGUAGUACGGCCGUUUGGAAUCAUCCCGGUUAAUGCGGGAGUGAUGAUGAAGCUACUUGGACACCUAUCCAACUUCAUUGAUGUUGAUCUGCUUGCAAACAACAUGAUACGUAUUGUUUCCGAGGGCUACCCCGAACGAAUCAUUGAAAAUGAGACUCUACUGGCCAUGUGA